AUGUCGGCGUUCCUUCCAUCAUUCUUCCAGAAGCGGCUCUUGAGAUAUGCUUUGUCGCGCCUGGAACUGGUGGACACAGAUGCCUUAGAUUUGGAUAGCCUGGGUAUAGCCUGGGGUCAGAAAGAGCACGCCAACGUAUCUCUGGUUCGUGUGACCAUACCUGCGGAUAUCUACAAUAGUGCGAUCAUUGUCGAGGUUGAGGGUAUAGAUCUCCAGCUGAAGCUGUCUCCCGAUAAAUCCGGCCGAAAUGCCAGCUCACCCAGCCGCAGUGGCGGGGCUUGUGGAGGCGAUGAACAAAGCGGCCACAGCUCCUUGCCGUCAACAACAGAUCUUGCACAGUCCUUCCUCGAAUCAGAGCCGAAAGAAGAGACGGAGGAGCUACAAGCUGCACUGAUGUCACAAUCACAGCAUACGCAGAACUCAGACUCUCCCAGCGAGGAUGGUGAAGAAGAGCUCGGUUUGCACGACGGAGUAUCGUUACCUAGUUUUGUGGCUGGAUUCCUGAAAGGCGUAGUCAAUCGAUUGCAGCUCAAAAUUGCCAAUGUCUCGUUGCGGGUCGAUAUGGAAGUAGGACGUGAUGGAACCGACAAGAACGAAAGAAGAGAUGCGGUUUCGGGGCUGUUCACCGUUCAAGAUAUCGCUAUUGAGGGUGUUGCUACAUCAGCUUCGGAUGAUCCUUCCGUGAAGAUUGGAAAACGCAAGGUGUCUCUGGCCGGAAUUCAUGCUAUGAUCAUUUCGGAUGCAGAAGUAUUUUCCAACUACUCCCGCUUCUACGCCUCCGAGUCUACAACACACUCUAAACCCUCACACACGCCUUUGCGAACCCGAUCCCCCGAACCAUCCUCGUCUAGCUCCGAUUCCUGUGGAGAUAUGGCCCAAUCGACAAUUCUUGACCCGUCCAUGCAUUCCUCACAGUUUACGGAUGACACGUACGGAAACGAGAGUUGCCAACUUGAUUCCUCAGCGUACUCGACCGGAGGCAGAUUUUCCGAUGCAGCAUCUGACGAUGGAGACGAUCAAUUCUAUUCAGAGAUGUCCGACAGUCACUAUGGUGAGCGCUUCUUGGACAACCCAGUAUGUUUGGAAGAAGCGUUACAAUCUCAAUUUGAUGACCAUAUCGAGGAUUCGACUAUUCUACCAGGGGAUCCAAGCACGCCUGUUAGAGAAGCCCAAACUCCCCGUGCGCAGACUCCCCAAUCGCCUGGCUCCUCUCCAGAGCAUUAUAUGUACCAUUCAAUCCGCGAAGACAAUUCCCCUGUUCAAGAUACAGAUCUAGACGAAGAUUCCGACACAACCGCUACCCACCCUGAUGAGCCUGUUUCAAGGUUACAAGCAUCCGGUACCACCUCAGCCCCAGGCCAUACACCUACCCAAGUGGAAGAUUUAUCUGCUUCCAGAAUUUUUACGCAUGAAGAGGCCCAAAGUAUGUACAUGAGUGCAAUGAGUUAUGCGUCUACAAACUCCAGUCCCGACAUGCCAGGUGCGUGGGGAUCUUCUACGUCCGAGGAAAUCUCCGGAGAAAAGGUGGGUUCUGCAAAUCUAGCUUCGCUGGCAGAUGGUGAAGAAGCAACAAGUGAUACCUUCAAUCAGCAAACUAGGGAAUCCUCUGAUGACCCGGUACGCCUACAAAACAUUACUGAAAGCCCACCAGAAGGAAAUGAAAGAAGCGCCGGGCUUUCGUCUUCACCUGGUGGCUUCUCUGGUGUUGCAAAAGAGCUCGUUUCCAUUGAUAAAGCAAUAUUAUGGAUACCCGUUAUAGAUAGCCCGGAUGAUUCAAAAGCCGCAAGUUCUGCCGCUGAUAGCAAACCUACUGACCACAUGGCGGAUUCAACGUCCAGCUUAGCGGACUCUAUGGCUCCUAAUAUGCUUCCAUACUCCAGACUUCGCUCUACUCAGAGUACCUUCAGACGAGGCUCUGUUAGUUCUGUUGCAUCACUACGGCAUCCGGCUCUACCCCGCCAAACUGCUGGGAGUCAAAGAUCAGAAGAAUUUGACGGAUUAACAGAUUCUCAGAGAGCACGGGCCGUUGAAAUAGAUGUAACGUCGUUGUCUGCUAAAUUUGAUAUAGCUUCAGGGUGGCUCCUGUUAAAAAUGGGCCAACAGUUUGCUGAUGUGUGUGCGUCAACGAAAAGUGACCCCAAAGGAUCAGAGCCAACGGGCGAAGAAUCGUCGCCUUUGUUUGUGAGUCUGAAUCUAGCCUCCUGUUCUUUCAAAUUUUUGGAGCGUGUGGCAGCGCAUCCUUAUCCUAUUUCGACAUCACCGCCGUAUCAGUUUUCGAGUGGAAUUCCAAUCGAAGGUACUAUUUUGCAUUUGACCUUGUCUAAAAUCAUCUUUGACUUUGCGGCCGCUGGAAACACGACAAAGGUGCAUCUCAAAAUCAUGAAGUUUGUCCUUGGGCAUAUGUCACAGGAUAUUAUUUCUUUCGACGAGAGAUUGAAAAUGCGUGAAUCUACUAGGGACAUUAGAUCCCCUGGACACGGUGAUAUCUCGUUGCAAAUGAUUAAGUCUGCUGAAUCUAUCAUAAUUAAACCCGCGACUCUUCCAAUGUGCGUUUCGCUCAACCUGCAGAAGCUUGACGAAAUGCUAGGCUGGUUUGGAGGGUUGAGCACCGUACUCGAAUUAGGAAGCUCGAUUGCGUCUGCGUCCACCGUUAAGGGCGGACAGCCGUGUCCGCCCCCUCGACCCCGAGGUGUACAUUUUGCUGAUGCAGUUCCAACUCCACGACCGAAGACAAAUAAUGUCGCGGUGAAGGUGACUUGUCGCAUAGGUGGGAUUGUGUUGCGAGUUAUCGGCGAACACUGUACGGUUCAGCUCGCGACCACUGCAGCGAAACUAUUGAGCAGACCCGAGUAUAUCGCACUCCAAAUUGACAAAGCUACCAUUAGCGGGCCUCAUCUCAGACAAGGGCAUUCGGAUUCAUCCGCUUCCUUUGACCUUGAUAAUCUAAGAUUCAUGUACUUAUACGGCCCCCAGGAAAGUGAUCUAGACCGGCUGCUUGCGCUUUUAACGCCAUCGAAAGACAAGUAUGAUAACGAUGACGAUAUAAUGCUUGAUACUCUGUUUCGUCAGCGAAGACAAGGUGCUGUUAUCCGUUUAACGGUUGACCAUGCGAAUCUCACCCUCCCUAGCCCUGCAACUUUGCAACCCUUGACCCAUCUCAGUUCAGAGCUCGCUAAACUCGCCACGGUUGCAAAAUAUUUGCCUCAGGACGACAGGCCUGGCCUCCUUAUUCUUGGUCUAAUUCAAAAUUUCGAAGGACAAAUUCAUGUGAACCGUGACGUUGGCGACAUAAGCGUAAUCUCGCAGACUAUUGAAGCAGCUUAUGUUACUUUUCCAUCACUCAUUGCUACCCGAAUUUCGGCCAUUACGGUUGUUCGAAAUGGUAGCGAAGAGUUAGUCGCCGAAGCUAUACCUGAAGAUAUCGGAGCGCCGCGAACAGCAGACGUUUUGCCUAUGAUUAUGGUCCGAUUCAUUGCUGAUGAUAUGGAUCCAACGGUCAAAGUGAAACUAUACAACCUGAGGGUGGAAUAUACAGUUCCGUUUGUCACUGCGAUUCUUGGAGGGAGCGAAGCAUUGAUUGGUGAAGAUGUUGCGGUUCAUAUGGCUCAGUCUGUCCUGAGUUUGGCUGACCUUGAUGCACACAGCCCAAUUUCAGAGCCAGGGUCAAUCAACUCAGAAUUUAACCACAGAUUAGCUACACCGCCAAAGAUAUCGGUAGGGUUGAAAGACUGCAUAGUUGGACUGAAUCCUCGCAAGCCGCCAGCCAAAGCUCUUGUUAUUUUGACCCGUGCAACUUUCAAUGGUGCCCUCCAUAAAAGCAAGCCCUCCGAAGCUUCACUCGAUAUUCGCAAGGCAUCUAUCAUGCUUAUUGAUGACGUCGGGAGUGCUGGGCCAGCGGAAAACUACCGGAGCCGGCGCCCUAGCGGAGUUAGGGCUGGGCAAAUUCACUGUUUGGAGGGUAUGGGAUACGUCCCUGUCUGCGAUAUCUCGUCCGCAUCGGUCCUCGUCAAAGUAAUGCAGCUCGACGCUGAAGGUGAGAAGUCAUUGGAUGUCGAGGUCCGGGAUGAUUUACUUGUUUUGGAAACGUGUGCCGACUCCACCCAGACGUUGAUAUCCAUCCUGGGUGGACUGACGCCACUCUCGCGCCCUACUAGUACUGAGCGAAAAUACCGAACAGAGAUUAUGCCACUCGAGGACAUGCUAAAUUCCCUCUCUGGAAACGCCUUCGCAACGGAUGCGGGUUCUGAUGCCUCCCCACCCGAGGAUGAGAUUGAAGUGGAUGGUGACGGUGCCGAAGAAGUCGAAUACGUCAGCGUCUUUUACCCUUCCCAUGAAGAUUCUGAGCAGCAAAGAGGGCUUAGUAGCAUGGGCGCCAGUCAAGUGCUCAGCAGCUUCCAUUCUGAAGCCCAGAUGUCUUCUAGCAUACCGAAGCUUGAUUUCCAGGACGACCACUUCGCCAAAAAGUCGGCAGUUAAUGGCACUGCCCACCGGUGGGAUUCGACUCGCAACACCUACAACCUUGCAACCGAUAUUAAAUUCCGCGAUAGUCCACUUCGAGUAAGAGUUCGGGAUGUUCACGUUAUAUGGAAUUUGUAUGACGGGUAUGACUGGCAGCACACAAGGGAUACCAUAUCAAAAGCUGUUAAGGACGUCCAAAUGAAAGCAGCAGAAAAGCUUGCGAGGAGACCUGGAAAUAGACUGUCAGCCGAUUUUGAUGAAGAGGAAGAAUCCGUGAUUGGCGACUUCUUGUUCAACUCCGUCUACAUCGGGAUACCUGCCAAUGGGGAUCCCCGGGAACUUUCGCACGAUAUCAAUCGGAAUAUCGAUGACUUGGCGAGUGAGACUAUGAGUUAUGCGACUAGCACCACCGUCACUGCAAUGCAAAACACAUCAGGGGCAAAGCGGGAAAAGUUGCGUUUGGCAAGAAGCAAGCACCAUAAGAUGACCUUUGAAUUGAAAGGCAUUUCGGCGGAUUUGAUCGUCUUUCCGCCGGGCUCAGGGGAAACCCAGAGUUCUUUAGAUGUUCGAGUAGAAGACCUGGAGAUAUUUGAUCACGUCCCGACUUCGACAUGGAAGAAGUUCGCAACCUAUAUGCACGAUGUAGGCGAACGCGAAAUUGGUACCAGCAUGGUCCAUUUAGAGAUUUUGAACGUGAAACCAGUACCGGACCUUGCAGCCUCGGAAAUCGUCUUGAAGGCAACUGUUCUCCCGUUACGUUUGCAUGUUGACCAAGAUGCCUUGGAUUUUCUGAGCCGGUUCUUCGAGUUCAAAGACGAGUCCGCCACUAGCCAAGCUCCAGAAGAUAUCCCUUUCCUACAGCGUGUCGAAGUGAACGCUAUUCGUGUACGGCUCGAUUUCAAGCCAAAACGAGUCGACUACGCUGGAUUGAGAUCGGGCCGGACUACCGAGUUCAUGAAUUUCUUUAUUCUUGACGAAGCGGAUAUGGUCCUCCGACAUGUCAUCGUUUAUGGGGUUUCAGGAUUUGAUCGACUUGGCCAAACGCUUAAUGAUAUCUGGAUGCCGGACAUCAAGGCAAACCAACUGCCGACCGUCCUGGCGGGUAUAGCGCCCGUUAGAUCACUUGUGAACAUUGGCAGUGGCGUCAAAGAUCUUGUUCUCGUUCCGAUGCGUGAGUACAAGAAAGACGGACGAAUCGUCCGCAGCGUGCAAAAGGGUGCAAUCCAGUUCGCAAAGACAACCACAAGCGAACUACUAAAACUCGGGGCGAAACUGGCAAUCGGGACUCAAACGGCACUCGAGAGUGCAGAGGAUUUCCUCAGUUCACCCCGAGGCCUACCAACCCAGUCUCCGCUCUCUGAUGGCCGCCGGGACGAUAAUCAUUUGGAUGAAGGCGAGAGACCACGGAUAUCAUUGUAUGCGGAUCAACCACUUGGAGUUGCCCAAGGUUUGCGAGGAGCAUAUGCCAGCUUAGAACGGGACUUGCUCUUUACACGCGAUGUUAUUGUUGCCGUUCCUGGGGAAAUUAUGGAGAGUCGCAACGCCACUGAAGCGGCAAAGCGGGUGAUGGGGCGAGCAUCAACUGUGGUCUUCCGCCCAGCGAUUGGCGCAUCAAAAGCAGUUUCGCGAGCUUUUCUUGGGGCAAACAAUACCAUAGAGCCAGAAAAUCGGCGGAGGAUCGAAGAUAAAUAUAAAAAGCACACAAUCUAA